AUGCACAUGGAGGGCAAGCAGCAUGGAUUCUCCCGGGAAGCCUUGCAAAGCGACAUCACUAGGGCGUUGAAGGACGUGGAAGAUGACACCGAACUCUUUAAGCGCCUCCUUUCAUCUUACCCCGCUCGUAUUAAAGCUCUCAGAGACAGAGCCAGGAGGACAUGGCAUUUUGAUCCAUCACAAACGAUCAUGAACCAGAACUCCUCGCCGUACUUCGGGGAGCCGGCGGGAAACGUGACAGCCGUUCUGGGGAGGAAUACCACCCUCACCUGCAAGGUCAAGGACCUUGGGUCAUACAAGGUGGCAUGGGCUCAUAUGGACCGGAAAAUGGUGCUCGUUGUCGACGACCGGGUGGCAACUCGAAUCCCUCGAUUCGGCCUCUCCUUCGAUUCCGAUCGAAUCACUUGGAGGCUUCACAUCACCGGCGUCACCAAGGACGAUGCCGGCAGGUAUAUGUGCCAGUUGAAUACGGAGCCCAUGCAAGCACUAGCGAUCUACCUUCGAGUCGUUGUGCCACCGGAGAUCGACGAUGACAAGACAUCUCGGUCGACAGUGUCAGUGCCUGAAAACACGAAUGUUACGCUCAUGUGCCAUGCUCACGGCAACCCAACGCCAACCAUCUACUGGAGGAGAGAAGACGAUCGUUCCAUCAGGGGUCAUUCUCCACAACACGGAGAGAACCAGACCCAGGGAAGGCACCUCGUCCUGGUCAAGGUGAAUCGGAAUGAUAUGGGAGCCUAUCUCUGCAUUGCUAACAAUGGAAUCCCACCGACUGUCAGCAAAAGAAUCUCUCUAGAAGUCGAAUUUCAACCGAGCAUCCGGGUGGAGUGGUCGCUGAUCCACGCGCCUCGGAAUUCGGACGUCACCCUCAGAUGCAGUUCGGAAUCGCAUCCCCGGCCUCUCCACUACUGGCUCUUCAAUCAAACACCGGUUCUCAACAACGUCUUGAAAUACGAAACGAAAGAGGAGCACCACUCCUACACCACCUUUCUGGACCUGACCGUGAAGAAUAUUCAACCUCAGGACUACGAGCCGCAAUUUACGUCAUCGGAGACAGCCUCGAGCACGACGGCGAAGCGGAUCCCCGAAGACGUGCGAUCUGCAUCCGGUAAGUCCACAGUUGUUCCAUGUCGGAAGGAGCGAAAGGAAAGGGGAGAUUGACGUGAUCGUGGACUCUCCAGCAGGGCCUGUUCAACGGGAUCCUGUAAAAGUCGUAACCAUACACAUCAAAGGUUCGAUCUCGAAUUCUUCCAAGGCUUUGUCCUUUUCUUCCCCCUCGCUUAAUUCCACCAUACGGAAAUUCUAUGUAUGUUCCAGAAGAUGAUUCAUAUCUGGACUCAUAUCCGACCAUAUUAGCUUUCUCUUUAUGUGGAUAGGGGGUAAACCCUCUCCAUCGCUUUAAACUCUCCUCUCCCUGUCUGUAAAGAAAUGUGAGCCCAUAUAUUCCGCCAUUUAGUCUCAGAUAUCAUCAGUCCGAUGGCCGAAAUAAAUUCUUAGAGCUACAUCCUACACACACAUAUCAUAUCUUCUCAAUUAGUAUAAAAUUACUCGAUAGAAAAAAGAAGCAACAUCGCUCCUUGGUUCCAU